AUGAUCGCGAUCACUUUCGCUCUGCUAGGAGUAUUUUUGGGGGCGAUAUACGUGUAUUUGAAAAUUAGAUUUGAAUUUGCCGCCAAGAUACCGGCCGUGGAACCGUUGGUGCCGUUCUUCGGAAAUGGUCUGGACUUUACGCAGAAGAAUACGUAUGAGAUUUUUGCCAAUUUAUCGCGAGUGUUUCAUAGCAAUAGACACGAUAGGCUCUUCAAGCUGAGUUUUGGGCCGGUUGCUGUGCUUUGUCCGACACAUCCGGAUCUGUUUCAGAAGGUGAUAAACGACUCGCACACCAUGGAGAAGCCGUACGUGUAUGAAUUUAUGCGGGUGAAUUUGGGUCUGCUGGCGGCGAAAUACGACACCUGGAAAAUUCACCGGAAGCUGCUGAAUCCGACCUUCAACACCCGCAUCCUCAACAGUUUUAUUCCGCUUUUCAACGAUUGCGUGGAAACAAUGAUCGAGCGCCUGAAACAGCAUGCUGAACCGGGAAAAGUGCUAAACAUCCUCGAGUUCACGUCGCCAUGCACCCUGGCCAUGAUCUGUCGGACGUCCCUCGGUGGUAAGGUUUUGGAACGAGAAGGAACCCAAAAGUUCGUGGAAGGACUGGAAAUAAUUCUUCACAACGUCGGCCUUCGGAUGUUCAACGUUGGCCUCCAUCCGAACAUAGUGUACCGCUUCACUCGAUUUUAUCGCGCCGAAAUGGAGUCCCGCAAGUUCUGCUACGCUUUUACCGAUAAGAUCAUUCGUGAAAAGCAGCAAGAGCUUGCCACGCUGAAGAGAAAACAGGACUCGAACAACAACGCCAAUAACGAUUCCGGCAACGACAACUUCGAGGAAGGGGAAGAUGAUCUGUUGUCGUACAAGAAACCGCAGAUCUUCAUCGACCAGCUGCUGACGAUUCCACUGCCCGAUGGAAAACCUUUCUCGCACCAGGAUAUCUCCGAUCACAUUUACACGAUGAUCGCUGCCGGAAACGAAACCUCAGCCACGCAGGCGGCCCACACCUGUCUAUUUCUGGCGAUGCACCCGGAGGUGCAGGAGAAGGCUGCCAAGGAAAUUAAGGAGUUCCUUCCAACGCCGGAGUCCAAGAUCACGCCCGAAGUCUUAAAGGAACUGGUCUACAUAGAACGGAUCAUCAAAGAGUCCCAGAGGCUGGCUCCGGUAGCAGCCGUCAUCGGGCGGAAAACGCGGGAAGAUCUGCACCUGGAUCAGUUUACCAUUCCCAAGGGUAACAUCUUCAUUCUGAACAUCUAUGCCAUGCACCGGCGGAAAGAUUACUGGGGCGAGGAUGCUGAACUCUUUAAUCCGGAUCGGUUCCUGCCGGAGAAAAGCAAGAACCGACAUCCUUUUGCUUACCUUCCGUUCAGCGCUGGCAACAGAGGCUGCAUCGGAAACCGGUACGCCAUUAUGAGCAUGAAGACUAUGAUAACGGAAAUCCUGCGAAACUUCAAGCUGUCCACCGAUCUCAAGUACGAACGCAUCGAGUUCAAGUUCAAAGUUUCCAUGCACCUGUCCGGUCCACAUCGCACCUUCAUUGAACCUCGGAAUCUCUACGGUUAA